AUGUCAGCUAUCACCCUCCUCUUUUCACCAAAAGGACUGUGUUUUAGGGUUUUGAAGGUACUUCAUUUGGAUAGGCUUGCGGCUUGCAUAUCUCAGGAGCUUUAUUACCUGCAGGGAACUGAUUACUUUAGUCGAAGCACUGGGCUUUGCUACUUUUGUGAGUGGAUGCUGACUGCAUUUUCAAGUCUGCAGGAUCUGCUGAUCUGUUUUCAAGCUGCUGAAAUAGAAACUCGAGUGGACUAUUACUCUCCACCCCCUUUAGAUCCAAAUGGAUUGGAGCUAGUAAAUUUCGUUCCUGCAAUGUGGGAGGCAAAUCCAGUGGCCGAUGAUCUUGAUAAGCAGGCGGUUGUUAGUCCAGGUGAUUUCCUUGCUUGGCUUCAAUAG